AUGUUGUGGCACCUAGUAACUAUAGAUCUAGGGAGAAAGGAUUGGUGUGAUAUUGUUAGGCGCAUUGUCGACUCCUCGCGUGAUUAUACGGUUGAGACCAAGGGUGAUAGCAUCUCAGUGAAAAUUUGUGCGGAUUCUCUAAAAACACUCAGACUUCGAGUUAACGCAUUUUAUGAGACCACAUAUUUGGUAGCCACAAUGCUGGAGACACUUAGUGACUCUUGA